CUUUUCCAACUUCCCAAAGCCAAGGGACCCCCUCUCUUGACCUCUGCGCUUCUACGCACUUGGCGUGUCAAACUCUCUCUCUUUCCUUCUCUCUCUGCAGUUGUUAUAGCUUCGUUGACUGAUUUAAUUUACAUUAAUGCCUCAUUUUCCUCUUUCCUCAUUCUUUAUCCUUUUUCUUCGUUGAAAAUAAUAAAACAUAUAUUAUCAGAUUCGUUGCCUUCCAGAAACGUUUUGUGUUCGAUCGGGAAAUCUUCGCCGGCCGGCAUCGGGGAGCUGUUUUGAGGUGAACCCAUCUUGUAAUUUCCAGCUGGGUCUUCCGAAUCUGUGUGUUUUGUUGUAGAAAGAUUCAAUCUUGGUGUUUUCCCAGCUGAGGAAAAGCACGAUUUGAAGAGAUAAGGGUUUACGAGGUUUUUUCUUUUUCUUUUUUUUUUGGGAUUGAAAUGCUAAUCGACAGCUGUUGUUUUCUCUUCCUACCUUGUAAGUUUUUGGCUGUUGAGAUCUGUAUUUGAUGCUGAUGGAAGCUUUUGUUUAUCUGGGAAUUCCAGCUUUUCUUUUUCCCCUAUCUUGAGCUCCAUGUAGAUUGGGUUUCUUUUUUUCCACUUUUGCUGCCGCUUUUCAACACUUGAUUGAAUUUGAGUUGUCACAACUUGUAGUUCGCUUCUGUAGUUAGAUGAAAUAAAGUUUUGAUAUUUAUGCUUCUCCGGGAGAGUUUGAUGCAUUAGAGUCUGGUUUUGAGCUGGUUUUAUAUGGGUUCUGGUAAAGAUUUGAUAAGAUUAGCAGGUCUUUUCUUGUUGUCGUGAAACGUUCAGAGUGUUUCCUGACACAAACGAUAUGAAGAGAUUGAGGUCAAGUGAGGAUCUCGACUCAUUUGGGGAAAAGGGUGUGUGCAAAGAUUGGGGGAGGAGGGAGGAUGAUUCGAGUUCACACAGGUCGUUGAUGCAUCGGAACUCUUAUUACAAGUUAGAGACUGCAAGAAAGGGUUUAUCUUCUUCAUCUUCUAGGUAUGAUAGGGUAGAAGAUGAUCGUGAUAGUUCAAGACCUGCUAGGAAACGAUCUGAUUAUGAUGUGGAUAGUUAUGACAGGAGGAAGAGUUAUGAUCGGUACCGUGAAGGUACCUCCGAGAAAGGGAUUUCAAGCUCCUCCCCUAGGAGUGGAUACAGUGACAGGAUUCAUCGGUCUGAAAGCUUUUCAGGGCUGAGAAGAGAUGUUCCAAAGGGAUUUCGAUCAGAGAGGGAUAGGUCUCGACGAGAAGGAAGUGUCUCAUCGUGGCGUAAGUUUGGUCAAGGGAAAGAUGGUGACGAUGGUAGUAGGAGCUAUAAUGAUUCUGGUAAAAGCAGCAGACUGGAGUCGGAUGAUGCUUUGAAGAUUAAGUCUCCUAGGAUGUCAAAGGAUGUAAAGUCGCCUCCUUGGUCGAAGGACUCUGGUAGCGAGCAGUCCAAGAGUAUUGAAGUUAAGAGAAGUGAGGAGAUGCCCGUGGAGAGCAGUGGAAACAAUAGUGAAAUGGAAGAAGGGGAGCUUGAACCCGAUCCUCAGCCCCUCCCUCUGAACAAGAACUCAACUGAGGAUCAAGCAUCUGAUAGAAUUCAAUCUUCUAUGAUGGAGCAUGAGCAACAAGACCUUUUGGAGGAGAAGGGUAAAUCCAAGUCUGCAGAAAAUAUCGAGUCCAGUAAAGAGUCUCGACAAGAUGUGCGAGAGGAAGGUAGGUCCUCGGACAGCUUUCAUGCAUCCUCAAAGGAAGGUAAUGAGCUGGCAGAGUGUCAGGAUGUAAGCCACUUGAGGAAUGAUGGUGGUGAUGAAAAUGAAACCGCUGCAGAUAGUCGUGGUAGCAAACAAGAAAAUGUUUCAAGAGCAACUAUGACUUAUAAGGAGGAAAUCAGUGAGUCACAAACUCUCGAAGAGAAAGGAAGAGAACUCAAAACAAAUGAGGGUGAUAAUCCAGAACAGGAUAAUAAGCUUUCUGAGGGAACUGGAGAAUGUUUGGCUAUUACUGCACCUGUUCUGGAGGAAAUAAAUGAAAAUCUUAAAGAUAAGGGCAAGACUGUGGCUCUUCCAGCUUCUAAUUGCACUCCUUUAACUGAUCAGUUUAAGACUGUAACUGAGUUGAGAGGUCCAUUGACCAAUGGAGACAGCUACCAGGAGGGAACAAGUACAAGGGGUUUGGAUCUUUUCAGGAGGGAUCCUCUUAGGACAAUUGAAAAAGAAUUACAGUGGAGUAGCAGCAAGCCUAAAGAUGAGAAGCUUACCCUUGAUCUAUCUCUUAGCCUGCCAAAUGUUCUUCUGCCUAUUGACUCUCACAAUACUGCACAGGCCCCUGCUUCUCCAAGUCGUGGGAGGAGUAUUCAAUCAUUUCAUAGUUCAUUUCGCACAGAUUCUGAGGGUUUUACUGCAUCAAUGUCUUUCUCAGGUUCACAGUACUUCUCCCACAACCCCAGCUGUUCUCUAACCCACGAAGCAUUUGAUAAUGAGCAGUCGGUUAAAAGCCGGCCCUUAUUUCAGGGAGUUGACUGGCAAGCUCUCUCAUCUGGAGAGAUGAAACAUAAAGAGCUUCCACCUAUUGUUCAAAAACUAUUGGCGGAGGAAAAUGGUCUACAUCAACAAAAUCAAGCUUCCCUAGGAAACUCUAGUAGUCAAGCUAUGGCACAGCCAAAGAUAACUGUUGAGGGAAGUGCUAGAACUCCGGUUUCAUUGGAGCGACACCUGAGCUUCAGUAAACAGUAUUCUGGAGGGCCUUCUCAGCUGCCAAAUGAAAUUCGAUCACUUUCUCAGGGAGUUGGUUCUCAGGAAACUGGAGCAGGAUUUCUUAGAGAGAAGAAACAGGCUCUGAGAGAAAAAGGUGGUGGCAGUUUGUGCAAGAGCAUCAACCAAGAAGGAAGAGAGCAGCAAUUGAAUAUUGGAGCUGAUCUUUUUGAGUCAGUUAUGACCAGUAUACUUUCCGAAUCACUGAAUAUGGUAUCUCAAAGGUUCAGUGAGAUGUCAUUGCAGCAGAUCACUUUUUUGAAGGACUCUGUCCAUGAUUUCAUCCAGAGUCCCAGUGGGCAUCGGCAGCUUAUUGCUUUUCAGAAAGCAUUACAAAGAAGAUCAAACAUUACCUUGGAGAUGCUACUUAAGUUACAUCAAUCUCUUCUUGAGAUCUUGGUGGCUUUGAAAACUGGUUUAGCAGAAUAUCUUCACAAGGCUGAUAUAACUCCGUCUAGUCUGGCUGAGAUAUUUCUAAACCUGAGAUGUAGGAAUCCAAAUUGCCAGAGUCUCUUACCAGUUGAUGAGUGUGAUUGCAGAAUUUGUGCACAAAAGAAUGGUUUCUGCCGGGAGUGCAUGUGUCUCGUGUGUUCAAAGUUUGAUAUGGCUUCUAAUACCUGUAGCUGGGUGGGAUGUGAUGUGUGUUUACACUGGUGUCAUGCAGAGUGUGGGUUGCGGGAAUCUUAUAUUAGAAAUGGUCGAAGUGCCACUGGAUCUGAUUCUACAACAGAGAUGCAAUUCCAUUGUGUUGCCUGCAAUCAUCCUUCCGAGAUGUUUGGUUUUGUGAAGGAGGUAUUUCAAAAUUUUGCGAAGGACUGGACUGCAGAGAAUCUGUCGAGGGAACUGGAACAUGUUAGGAGAAUCUUUUCUGCCAGUGAGGAUUUAAGAGGAAAACAAUUGCACAAGGUGGUGAUUCAGAUGCUUUUGAAGUUAGAAAAUAAAGUUAAUGUUCAGGAAGUUAAACAAUACAUCAUGAGCUUUCUUACCGAUAGUGAUUCCUUGAAUCGUACCAACUCUACUUUAGUGAAGGUGGAAUUGUCCCCAAGGAAUGAUGGGAAGUCUAAUGGUGUUGCUGGAAGCAGUCAGGAAGUCCAAUGGCCUAAGUCUGUUACAUUUGAUAGAACUUCUCAACUUGAUAAAUCAGGGGGUUUAUUUCCAAGUUUGGACGGUAGUAGAAAUAGUAAGGAGAGUGAAAGAAAUGAUAUGCAAGUGAGCAUACCCAAGGAACACGGAUUUGAUGAAUUGGAGAGCAUUGUUAGAAUCAAACAUGCUGAAUCGAAAAUGUUUCAAGCACGUGCUGAUGAUGCAAGAAGAGAAGCUGCAGCUUUAAAGCGUAUUGCUACCACAAAAAGUGAAAGAAUUGAAGAAGAAUACACGAGCCGAAUCGCCAAGUUGCGUUUGGCUGAUGCUGAAGAAAUGCGUAAACAGAAGAUCGAAGAGCUCCAGGCACUUGAAAGAGCUUUCCAGGAUUACUUCCACUUGAAGAUGAGAAUGGAAACUGAUAUCAAAGAUCUGCUUUUGAAGAUGGAUGCCACUAGACGGAACCUGAACUUGUAAUGUGUAGACUUCGCUAUCAAUCUCUAUUGUUGUAGGUUCAUCACUCCCAUUACUUUGUUUUGAUUUCUAGCUGUAGCUGUUGCUAACCAGGAUCUCUGUACAGACACUACCCAUCUCUGCCCACAUUAGUACAAAUAUUCUUGGUUACAGAAAGGCUUUGAUUAUCCAAUUAGUAAGGUUAGAUAUGAAGUUUAAUCAUUAGUCAAUGCACUUUGCAUUUACUUCAGCUCUUCAUGGCAUGAAACAAUGGAAGUGUUCGUCCUACUUUAUGUUGCUUUUUCUGCAUCAGGUGUUUAACUUAGAAAGAAGACAAAUUGUGUUAUACUUCAUCUUGUUUUAACAGAUCUGCUGUUAUGUCUUCCAGUUGUUCACUCUGAUGAAAAUUUCGACUCAAAUUAACAGAUCUGCUCUCUCAAUAGUGAGUGAUCAAAUGUGGUUUGAUCGUUGAAACAAGAUAAAGUUGGAGACUAGAACAGCACUUAUUAAACAUUUCUUACACUUGUAGUUAAUUUGGUCCAGGCUACCUGACAUUAAUGAUUUAUUAGAUUACAAGUUAUACUAGUAUCUUAUCAAAGAAUCAAGCUAGAAAAAUACUCAUGUUAAUGAAUCAAAAAUUGUAGUUCUAGCCGAUGAUUUGCAGAAAUGUAAUAACCAA